AUGAAUAUCCGUGCGAAGUUCAAAACUGACCAUUGCCAUGAAGAAUUCUUCCUUGCAGCGAAAGCUUAUAGAAAGCGAGAGUUUUUACGCCAUUUUGAGAAGAUUAAAUUCAAAGAUCUUGCAAUUGCUCAAUACUUAGAGAAUCAAGUGGGUUUUGAAAAGUGGGCUCGUUCUUUCUUUCCUGGUCAUCGAUAUAAUUUAAUGACUACAGGUAUUGCCGAAAGCUGGAACAAUGUCAUUGCUGAGGCACGUGGGUGGCCAAUUACUUGUCUCAUGGAAUUUAUGAGGCACACUUUACAAAAAUGGUUUUUCGAGCGUCGAACUGCAGCAUCAACGGCUACAAGUCCUCUUGCCACAGAAGUGGAAGCUGAUUUGCGAAAGUUAGCAGACAAGUCCACUACCUCGUUCUCUUUUCCGUCUAGUCUUCCUUGUGAACACGCUCUAGCUGGUGCUCGAGAUCGUGGCAUUAGUCCAUAUAGUUUAUGCUCCAGAUUCUACACAGUUGAAGCGUGGUUGUCAUCCUAUGGUGGAUCUGUAUAUACGCUGGGUAAUGAAGAAUCUUGGGUGAUACCAAAUGACAUAGGAAGUAUGAUGAUAGCUCCUCCUUUAGUGAAGCAGAAGGCUGGUCGUCCAAAGAAGAAACGACGUUUAUCAAAGGGUGAGAAGAAUAGCAAACAAAAUAGAUGUAGUAGAUGUGGUGUCCUGGGCCACAAUCGAGUGACGUGCACCACUGUUUGUCCCCCACCGUCUAGACAUGCUUAG